GGCAAAUUCUAAACCCCUUCAGGAAGCCCUCGAGCAAAGAACCAUAGUUGAAGGAUUUCGACAAUGGAUGCCGAAGUAGUGAUUGCCUCAUCUCCGACGGAUGCGGGAAUCAGCUGCUGGGACCUUCACACCGGAGCCGAGCAACUUCGAUACAAGUCUUGCGCCUCACCUCCACACGGCCUUGCGUCCGUCGGCGGCCGCUUUCUCGCUUCCUCCCAAAUUAGAGACCCCAAGUCUUCCAAUUCAGGAUCGGUUCUCUAUUGGUCCUUGAACAAGCCUCAGGUUGAAGUUAGGAGUUUCCCUGCAGAAGCAAUAAAGCCACUAGUCGCAAAUAGUCAAGGAACUUAUAUUGCUGGAGGUGGUGUUUCAGGGGAUAUAUACUUUUGGGAGGUUGCAACUGGGAAAUUGCUGAAGAAGUGGCAUGCGCAUUACCGGGCUGUGACGUGCUUGGUGUUUAAUGAUGACCAGUCUCUUCUGAUUUCAGGGGCGGAGGAUGGAUGUGUUAGGGUUUGGUCACUCUUCUUGAUUUUUGAUGAUGCAAGGAGGGAUGAAGCAAGGUAUCUAUAUGAAUACAGUUUUCAUGAGCAUUCUUUGAGAGUGACUGAUGUUAAGUCGGGUUAUGGUGGUUGCAAUGCAAUCAUCGUGUCUGCUUCUGAGGAUCGAACAUGCAAGGUUUGGAGCUUAUCUAAAGGGAAAUUACUGCGGAAUAUUGUCUUCCCUGCAAUGAUAGAUGCAAUUUCAUUGGACCCUGGGGAGCAUGUCUUUUAUGCUGGUAGUAGAGAUGGCAAGAUAUACAUUGCUGGAUUAAAUGCUGUCGUAACCUCCACCAGCAAUUAUGGACCGCAUAUACUUGGUUCACUUUCGGAGCACAGCAAAGCUAUAACCUGCUUGUCGUCUAGUGCUGAUGGAUUCCUAUUAGUUUCUGGAUCCGAGGAUGGCAUGGUUAGAGUUUGGGAUACUAGAAAGCGAACCAUCGUCCGAGUUCUUCAGCACACAAAAGGUCCUCUAAAUAAUGUUCUUGUCAUAAAACAACACCAAACUAUAAAUCCUCGGACAUCUUUUAAUUCCCUCGCUACCCCAUUAAGAAGGCAUGGUGGAACAUUACCACCUCCACUGGAAAAGUUUGCUAAUUCACCGGAAGAGAAUACUCACAUUAAAGCAUUCGUUGGUCCACAGACAGCUUUGAGCCAACCAUUAUACUUUCCGUACAGGUGUAGGAGUAUUCUAGCAAUGGAAGCUCACUUACAAGAACUUCAGCAACAACGUUCCUCUGCAACGCCGGCACCUGAAGUGGAUGCCGAGUUACUAAAAAGUGAGCUUCAACGAUCCUUGGAAAUGCGUCAGCGAUGGCAAAAGAUGUUCCAAGAGAUGCAUCAAUUCUGCGUGAACGAGCUUUUGGAUGGCAGCCAAACCACAGGAAAUGGCAAUGGAAACCAUUCAUGAUGCUCCCACUGUAAUUUCAACCCCUUAUAUAUGUUAAAAAUGGUCUAACAUAUUGCCACUGUAAUCGAGUUAUUUGUCUUAAAUCCAAAUUUUGAAAUGGAAUAGAAAGGACAGAAGUGAUUUGA